AUGAACGGCUGCUAUAACACAAUAAAGUACACGGGCCUGCUCUGCAAUCUGCUCUAUAUGCUACUCGGCAUAGGAGUGAUGUCUGGAGCGGGACUAGGACUGCAGAUGGCGGAGCCCAACACGCCGGAGCACACGUAUUUCGUGAAGAGUUUGGUCUUGGGUGGCUCCAUUUGCAUGAUCGUGAUGUUCGGAUGCUAUGGCAUGGUCGCCAACUUGCUUUGUGUCAAUCUGAUCUUCACCAUGUUCAUACUGAUCGCUCUGGCAGCGGAGUACCUUCAGCUGCACCACUAUCACAGUCCGUCCCUCAGGAGCCCGGCUGGCGCCUGGCAGCAGCUGGAACUGGCUUGGCAUGGCCUGGACAGAGAGCCCGAGCUCAUGCACCAGUACGAGGCCUCCCAGCACUGCUGCGGCUACAAUGGUGCCGACGAUUACAAGCGCCUGCAUCUGCUGGUGCCGGCGAGUUGUUAUCAGGCCGCUGUUAAUGACACCGCCCAGCAGAUCUAUCCAAGCGGCUGUCUCGAGACGCUGAACCGCAGCCAGCGGUACAUCCAGCACCGCGAUAAGCUCUACAUGUGGGCCAUCGUUGGCCUUGAGAUCUUCAUACUGCUGCAAACUGUGGCGCUGAGUGUGCUGCUCUUUCGGCUGCGACAGCGGCAGCGCAUCGCACGACGACAGGUGCCGCCAGGUGUGCGGCGGGAACCGCGCUCCAACCAUGUGUCCGCCUCUCGUGCGCACCUACUCAACGACGCCUGACCUACCAUUAAGAUCUUAUGAAAACUUUGGUUUAUUGGUUAUCCAAGUGGCAAGUGCUUAUCUCUAUAAAUGUCAUUCGUGGUUAGUAGGUGUAGCGACGAGUCUUGUUGGUCAGCUGGCAGCACAAGGUGAUUCCCAAGAUGAUGCCUACGACCUGCAAUAAAAAAAACAAAGUGUUGCAUUAAACAUUUACGGCCUGUCAGUUCUCAA